GCCCUGCGAGGGGUGCGCUCCGUGGCCGGUCACACUCUGAAGGUGGAGGUGGAGUGCCGGUCGGUGGACGAGGCUCUGGAAGCCGCAGAAUCUGGAGCGGAUAUCAUCAUGCUGGACAAUUUCACCCCAGAGUCACUCCAUCAUGCAGCGCUCCUGGUGAAGACAGCGUACCCCAAUAUGGUGGUGGAGGCCUCAGGAGGGGUCACACCCCACAAUGUUCUCCGGUUCCUGGGACCUCACGUGGAUGUGGUGUCCAUGGGCUGCCUGACUCAGGGCUACCCCAACAUCGACUUUUCCCUCAAACUGGCUAAAGGAAUUCCAAACCUUCCUUGAACCCCAACACUGUGACCCCGACAUUUCCCCCUGCGA